AUAGAUCUAUUUCUGCCUUCCGCUGUCGAACAUGGAGGAAAUUGGCAAAGGCAAAACAUGUGAAUUACUAGGGAUCUGAUACUUGGCAGUAUACACUAGCAUCAAUGUAAUAGAUGCAUGAUAGACCCUCAGUUGUACCCGAGAUGGGCGAGUUUACGUUCGGUAGUUCUCGGAUGGUAAUCCCACUUUGCCGGAAACACGACGAAGACCGGGAUAUGUGUUGCGAGGACUGCAAGACUAUCUUUUGCGUCACUUGUGGUCAAACUGAGCAUAAAGACCACAGCUGGGGAAGCAUUAAGAAGAUUUCCUCCGAGAAAAGAAAAGAAAUCCCGAAAAUAUGUCAGGGUAUACAGAGUUGUGUACAGGAGAUAUCUGACAGCCUGUCCUUCAUAAACCAAAUGGAGUACGAACAAGAGAAGAGACAUUCGGGUCAAAUCAGAAAGCUGGUGAAACAGCAAGACGAAAUGGUGUCGGAAGUCUUCAAGAUCACCAAUGCCAACAUUGAAAAAUCCAAAGAAAUAUACUCACGUUGUCAAAAGAAACUUUCCAACGUGAAAAAGAAUUUGAGUAACUACAAACGAGAUUUGUUGGACAAGUUACAAUUUUUGGAGACUCAGUCCGGUUGUAUGACCGGGUUUCAGCUGAUUGAGACGAAGAACGAUGCCGACGUGCUGGCUACUGAAGUGAACAACAUCGACCUGGCAUCGCACGGGUAUCUGCCAUGUUUUUUCAAAGGAAAAAUGGAUUACACAAAACUCAGGACAAUGUACGGCAGUUUGAUGGACCCAGAGUUGAUUAAAGUAACAAAAUUAGCACACUUCAAGAACUUUUCGAACACGAUUGUAUCCAUUCAUUCCGCGACAGAGGAGCUGGCAUGGGUCCAUGGCUGGGACAACAGCGCCUAUUUGGUGAACACAAGUGGGGUGAUUAAAACUACUUUAGAAAUGAAAAACGUUUCAAAUGAUUUCAUUGUCUCAUCAGACGGGGCUCAUAUAUUCACGGACUUUGAAGACGACGAAAUAAAAAAAAUGGAUGAAAACGGUAUAGUGUCUACAGUUGUGUCUACUAAACCACUAACACCCAUUGGCAUUGCGAAGGCUCAAAGCGGCGACCUGCUGGUGGCGCUAGUGGACGACUACAGUUUUAAGCUGAACACGAGCAGUAAGCGUUUAGUCAAGAUGAUCUCAACUGAUGGUGAAGAGAAAAGGAAUUAUGAAUUUGAGAGAGAUGGUACCACAAAACUGUUCACUAAACCUCAUAGGGUGUUUCACAACUAUAACAACGAUAUUUGUGUUAUAGACCAAACGGGACAAUCAAGCGGCGUGCUUCGAGUACUCUCGUUAGAUGGCGCUGUCAGAUUUGAUUAUCGUGGGCAUUACGUCAAAAAACGCUUCGACCCGCGUGGGUUGGUGUGCGAUGUCUACUGCAAUAUUAUUGUCACUGACUGUCUACACAAUUUUAUCCAUAUGCUGAGUCCAUGCGGCGAGUUCAUUCGGUAUCUCGUAACGAAACAAGAGACGUUCGAUUCGCCAUACUCGGUAGAUCUUCAAAAGUCGAGUUUGUGGGUCGGAGGUAAAAAUGGUAAUAUCAGUGUUUUUAGAUACGUCUUCGAAAACAACGAUUAAUUUGUGUCCAUAACGACACGUGAAAGAGAUGAGACAAAAUAAAAAGCUUUAUGCA